UCCAGAAUCUGCCUUUGUCAAGCUGGAGAACCAGGAAAACUGGUGGUAUAAUCAGUCCCUCUCUGAAGGCUUGAGGACCAGAGCAUCCAGUGGUGCAAGUCCUAGUCCAAGGGCAGGAGAAGACCUACACCAAGCUCAAACAGGCAAGCAGGAAGCAAAAGGGGCCAAUUCUUUUUUCCUCCACCAUUUUGUUCUAGUCAGGUCCACAAAAAAUUGGAUGAUGCCCAUCCACAAUGGGGAGGACAAUCUAGUUUACUGAGUUCACAGAUUUACAUGUUAAUCUCCUCUGGAAAUAACACCCACACAGACACACCCAGAAAUAAUGUUUACUCUGGGCACCUUGUGGCCAGUCAAGUUGACGUGUAAAAUUAGCCAUUACAAUUAUUUUCCUGCUUUAUUUUUAUUAUGGUAAGAUAUAGAUACUAUAUGUUAAAUAGUAUUGGAUGACAUUACACAACAAAUGACACUUCAUACGGUUUCAUCUUCCCUGUCUAUUUAGGAAAAGUCUCAUUUUGACCAUACUGAGUCCAGGUUCUGAAAGUCAGCAUCACUGUGCUUCUACUGUGAUAACCCCUCUGACUGACCAUCUAAGUAAUUUCAGGUUUGGUUAGCCAUUCCCUCUCACAUGACCUUACAGGACACAAACUGGCCCGAUUCACUUAGCUUAGCUUUUGGAUGCAGGACAGGAGAGAGCAUGCUUGUAUGGCUGCCUCAGGUGAGCCUUCAAUGUGGGUCCUCACUGCAGUAAAUGAGGUACCUUAUGCCCUCAUUUCACAGCUCAUUUGUAAGGAAACAAGUGGAGGUGAGUGUGUGUGAACUUACAUUGCCUAGGUAAGCCUCGUGCUCCAAAGGUCCAAUUACCUUGAAGAGCCAUGAAAGAGCUUCCAGGACUAGAACUGAGAGAGAUAAGAAUGUAGUCACUGGCCCAUUGGGCCCAGGCACAAAAACCUUGUCAUUUCCCAGUCUCCCUACAUGGAGGCCUCUCAUUGGCCUAUAGUUUCUCUUCUCCUCUUCUGCCCUCCCCCAAGAAUUUAACUUUCACUUUCACUUGGAUCCUCUGGAGCUUUGUGAAGAUCAGGCUCCUGGUUUGGUGAGUGAAUCCUGACCACCCUCUCCCUGGCCUGCCUUCAGUCUUCUCCAAGGAAUCACAACUUCUGCAUUGGUGUCUGAAGCCAUACCUGCCACAAAGAAACAAAACUCAGAUGAGAGAUCAGGAGCAAGAGGAGCAGGCAUAUGACGUGUGUGGUCCUGUGAGGAUAUCCAUAACAUCUCCCUCUCUACCAUCCAUAUACAUACACAUAUUUAGGUUCCAAUAAAUGUCCUUGGCAUAUUUCCAGGCCAAGUUGAAAUCUCACCAUUUACAAACACAGGACUCACCAGAAAUUCCCACCUCGCCUGGAUCUCUUCACUUCUACAUGCCCCAUUGCUCUAGGGAUCUGUGAGCAAGAGGAGGCUCAGAAGUCAGGACAGGUAGGACGGGGAAGCAGCUGCCAUGGCUUCAGGAAUCCUGGUGAACAUACGGGAGGAGGUGACUUGUCCUAUCUGCCUGGAGCUCUUAACAAAACCUGUGAGCCUAAAUUGUGGCCACAGCUUCUGCCAAGCCUGCAUCACUGCAAACAACAAAAGAUCCAUCGUCAGUCAAGAAGGAGAGAAUAGGUGCCCUAUCUGCCAAUUCAGUUACCAGCCUGGGAACCUGCAGCUUAAUCGGUCCAUGGCCAACAUAGUGGAGAGGCUCAGAGAGGUCAAGUUGAGCCCAGAGGAGAAGCAGAAGGGAGAUAUCUGUGUGCGCCAUGAAGAGAAACUCCUCCUCUUCUGUAAGGAGGAUGAGAAUGUCAUUUGCUGGCUUUGUGAGAGGUCUCAGGAGCACCAUGGUCACCACACGUUCCUCAUGGAGGAGAUUGCCCAGGAGUACCAGGAGAAGCUCCAGGCAGCUCUGGAGAAACUGAAGGAAGCGCAGCGAGAAUCACAGAAGUUGGAAGCUGAUUUCAGUGAAGAGAGAACUUCCUGGAUGAAUCAAAUACAAAAUGAGAGACAAAAUGUCCAGGGACAAUUUAAUGUAAUGAGAGGUAUCCUGGACUGGGAGGAGCAGAAGGAGCUGCUGAAGCUAAAGAAUGAGGAGGAAGAUACUCUAUGUAACGUCAUGGAGGCUGAGAACGAGCUGGUCCAGCAGAGUCAGUUGGUGAGAGCUCUCAUCUCAGAUGUGGAACAUCGGUUGCAGGGGUCAACAGUGGAGAUGCUGCAGGAUGUGAAUGAUAUCAUGAAAAGGACUGAGACCUUAACUCUGAAGAAGCCAAAAACUUUUCCCAAGGAACGAAGGAGUGUGUCCCGAGUUUCUGAACUGAGAGAGAUGCUGCAAGCGUUUAAAGAGCUGGCAGACGUUCGACGCUACUGGGUGGACGUGAUGCUGGAUCCAGUUAACUCUAUUUCAAGUAUUGUGGUAUCUCCGGAUAAAAGACAAGUGACAGUUUUGUGCCCUUUUACGUUAAGGAAAAAAUAUCCAUGUGAUUUUUCUGCUUUUGAUGUCUUGGGCUGCCAAUUUUUCUCCAAAGGGAAACAUUACUGGGAAGUAGAUGUGUCUGGGAAGAUUGCCUGGAUCAUGGGUUUAUGUAGUAAAAUGAGAAAACUCGGUGGAAAUAAGAACUCUGUGUUUUGUUUUAACCCAAAUGUAAAUGAUCCUAAUGUUUACUCCAGAUUCAGACCUCUAUGUGGCUACUGGGUUAUAGGGUUAAUGAAUCAAUCUGAGUACAGUGCCUUUGAGGACUCUUCCACGUCUUGUCCCCAGAUCUUGAGUCUUUCCUUGGCUGUUCCUCCUCGUCGUGUUGGGGUUUUCCUAGACUGUGAAGCAGGCACUGUCUCAUUUUUCAAUGUCACAGACCAUGGGUCACUCCUUUACAAGUUCUCUAAUUGUAAUUUUUCUUGGAUUGUAUUUCCAUAUUUCAAUCCUUUGAACUGUUCAGGUCCCAUCAUCCUGUGUCCACCGAGCUCCUAAACAUUCUUUAUCUCUCACCACUUCUGCUUAGUGCCCUUGUCCUAGGGCUCAUCUUCUGCACCUGAGUUUAUUUUUACCAUUCUGACUGCCUCUUCCUUUUUUCCCCUUCUUUUAUUUACAAUGUUUUUGUAUUAGUCUACUAGGGCAACAGUAGACUAAUACAACAGUGUAUUGACUCAGCAACAGCAAUUUAUUUUCUCACAGUUCUGGAUGCUAAAAGUCCAAAAUCAAGGUGUCAACAGAGUUAGUUCUAUCUGAGGCCUGUGAGAAAAGGAUCUAUUCCUGCUCUUUGGUUUGUAGAUGGCUGUCUUCUCGUAUGUCUCUUCACAUCAUCUUCUCACUAUGCUCUGUGUCUAUAUUUCCCUUGUUUAUAAGGACACCAGCCAAGUUGGAGUGGGCCCCACCCUAUUGACGUCUGUUUAACCUAAUUGCCUAUUUAAAGACCUGAUCUCCAAAUAAGGUCACAUUCUGCUCUAUUAGGAUUCAGUACUGCAGCAUAUCAAUUUUGGAGGUACAUAAUUCAAAGCAUAACAGCCUUUACACUUCCCUACCAUACAGUAAAAACUUCAAGAUUUUCUUCCUAAUAUCUUGUUUUCAUUAGGAGAGAAUGCUUAUUGUUUUGUAUUUGCAAGGGAAACACAUCUAAUCCCUCCUAGAGAAAGAACAGCAUUGCUGUAACUCCUCUGACAUCUCUUUUCUUCCUCAUUCCCUCUGCUGCUUAACAGAAUUAGCAAAGCAAAACUUGUCAGCCCUGUGCAUGUUAUCUAGGAGAGUUAUGUAGGAAUCUGUCCCUAAAUAGUGAAUCCUUCACAGUGCAUUGCUUUACCAAUGGCACCUCAUGUUUAUGAUAUAAUUAAAAGAGGAAAUAUAUAAAUAAAAUAUUUACCAAGAGUAGAAUUUUCUCUCUCAGAGUUUCUGAAAUCAAAUCUGGUCUCUUCACUUAUAAGCUCUGUAACCUCGAAUAAGUUAUUUACCAUCUCUUAGUCUCGUUUUCUUAAAAUGAAAAUUGAUGUUACAGAUUGUACCCAAGUCAUAGAAUCAUAUUGAGAAACCAUAUUUUAUUAAAUGUAAAGCACUUUACUAAGAGUCUUAUAUGUAAGAAUAAAUAUUUGUUAUUGUUACUUAAAAAUGUAAACUAUGUCAAUGUCUUGAGGAACAGUUUUAUUUUUCUUUGGUUUGGUUUUGCUUCAAUAAAAUGAUAACUAGCUCUAA